UUCAACCACUGUUGUUUUGGUAUAUAUUGUGUGUGUGUGUUUCUAUUUUUAUAUAUAUUUUUUUAAAACCUUGUACUAGUAGCAUAGAACAAGAGGGCAAAGGUCAACGCAGAGCCAUUAACCCUUGCAUGGCCGGGAUCCAGCUUUUGAGUUUUACUGGGUGGUUGACUAAAUGAAAAUGAACGAAAGCAAUGGAAUCUAUAAUGUUAAUAUUUAUCAUAGCUAAGGCUGAUUAGCAGAAGCAUCUUAACAAACAUAUGACGGAGUUGCUUUUCUAAAAACAGCCUGACCCUGUAAAUAAGGGUUGUUAAAAUCUCACCCAUUAGUUUUUAAAGUCUGUUCCCAAAGUGUUUACAGAACCCUCAUUAACGACAAGCUUCCUCGAGAUAACAUAAAGCAUCAACAUCAGUGUCAAAGAUAAGAAGAGCUAUGCUACUCUUUUGGUUUCCAGAGCGUGUGGGGCAUGGGAGUCGACCUGAGGUUCACUCGAGGAACCCCGAUUUCAAAGGAUCGUCCACAAACGAAAGUCAGAUGUUAAACGUGCAGCGGAAAGUCACCUAUCCGUUUUAGAAACUAGAUGAAGAUGCAGGGUUUACGAUAUCUGCUCCUCCUGAUGUCCGUCUAUUUUGCUACGUCGGUUGGGCUUUGCGAGGGGAAAUCUUUAGGAGAUAUCGGUAGUUUGGAGGACACACUGUUCAUUCAAGCAGAAGAACGAAGCCUUGACGAAGAACAUGACUUUAACUCCAAACUGGAGGACUUUUUGGGCUUCAUGAAGGAAGAUUUCUUGAGGAAGUUGAAUUUAUCAAGCGUGCCGCGAGAACAACGCAAGGUUCAGCCUCCUCAGUUCAUGAUCGAUAUCUAUAAUAAAUAUGCUUCUGACAAGACUUCCAUCCCUCGGUCGGAUGUCAUCCGAAGCUUCAUCAUACAGGAUGUUAUUUAUUCCGUUAGACAGGGCAACAAAACACAACACAGACUGCUAUUCAACAUUUCCAUCCCAAAUCACGAAGAGAUCACAUCAGUCCAGCUGAGGCUGUACACUCUCUGGGAAAGAAGUAAAAACACCUGCACUGACCUCUUCACAUCCAUCAAUGUUUAUGAUGUAGAUUACCAGCAGAAUGCAAACAUUUUCAAUCUUCUAGAUGGGAGAGACGUGACUGAGGGCAAAAACACUUGGGAGGCGUUUGACGUGACCAGAGCCGUCAGGAACUGGCACGAAUCUGGACGUGGGGUCGGCGAACUUCAGGUGGAGGUCGAACAGGACUGUGAAUCGCUUGAUAUAAGCCUGGGUUUGGAGGACAACAGCUCGGCGGUCGUAAUAGUAUUUACAAACGAUCUCGGGAACACAAAGGGAGAGUCGAUGAAAGAGAUGCUUCUUCAUGAGAAGCAGCGGGUGUUUUGGGGCAAUCGUGUUCCUGUGAACCAGCACUACAGGAAAAAGAGGAGAGCAACAAACAAUUACUGUCGGAGAACUUCUCUGAAGGUGAAUUUCAAAGACAUCGGGUGGGAUAAAUGGAUCGUGGCCCCGCCCGAGUAUGACGCUUACGAGUGUAAAGGCGUGUGUUAUUUCCCCCUGACAGAUGAUGUAACCCCGUCUAAACAUGCAAUCAUCCAAACUCUGGUUAACCUGAGCAAUCCCAAAAAGGCAAACAUGGCAUGUUGCGUCCCAACCAAGCUGGACCCGAUUGCAGUCAUGUACCAAGAAAAGGGCGUCCUCACGGUCCGACACCUCUAUGAGGAGAUGAAAGUAGCAAAGUGUGGAUGUAGGUAGUUUUGCUUGCUUACCCGUGAAUCUGUAUAAAAUAUCUAUGUUUAAUCAUUCCCAUCUGUGAAAUGUAAUCUUGGAAAUAAUAGUCCUAAAAGAGGGUUGUGAGCAAUGCAACAAAAGAACCAUAUUGGGUUCCCCAAAGAACCAGAGUUUUUAAAAGAAGCAUUUUAAUAAUCAGAAGAACCUUUGUCCACUAAGAACCUGUGGAGCCUUUCAUUGCACAAAAACAUCUGGUUCAUUUACUUUAGUCUGCAUGAACUAAGAAUGAAAAAAGCAUUUAUUAAUCUUAGUUGACGUUCAUUUCAACAUCAUGCAUUAUUAAAAUCAAAAGUUGUGGUUGUUAGCAUUAGUAAAUGCUCUGUGAAUUAACAUGAACUAACAGUGGAACGACUGUAUUUUUAUUAACUAACAUUGACAAGGAUUAAUAAAUACUGUAAUAAAUGUGACCCUGGAGCAGAAAACUAGUCUUAAGUGUCAAAUUUUCGAAAUUAAGAUUUAUACAUCAUCUGAAAGAUGAAUAAAUCAUCUUUCCAUUGAUGUAUUGUUUGUUGGGAGGAACUAUUUGAAAAUCUGGAAACUGAGGGUGCAAAAAAAAUCUAAAUUCUGAGAAAAUUGUCUUUAAAUUUGUCCAAAUGAAAUCUUAGCAAUGCAUAUUACUAAUAAAAAAAAAUGUUUUUAUAUAUUUACUGUAGGAGUUCUACUAAAUAUCUUCAUGGAACAUGAUCUUUACUUAAACCCCCUAAUGAUUUUUGGCAUCAAAGAAAAAUCCAUAAUUUUGACCCAUACAAGGUUUUUUUUUUUUUUUUUUUUUUUUUUUUUUUUUUUUUUUGGCCUUUUACUACAAAUACACCCCAGAGACUUAAGACUGCUUUCGUGCUUCAGGGUCACAAAUGCAUUGUUCAUUGUUCAUUUGUGUUAGUUAAUACAUUAACUAAUUGAACCUUAUUGUAAAGUGUUACCAAAACUUUAGAGAGGGAAAGUUUUCUUUGAAUUAUUAAAAUGUUAUUUUAAGAACUGAUCACUGAAAUGCAAAAAAAAAAAAAAAAAAAAAAAAAAAAAAAGUCUUUGGCAUCACUGAAAAAAAAAACUUUAUUUUUAGGAGGAAAUACAGUAACUUUUGUGGAAUUAAACGGUUAAAAAAAUUACAAUUAAGAGGUUUUGGUUAAAGUCAGCUUUCCUGAUUUUAUUUAAAUGGAACUGUGUUUUCACUUUAUUUAUAGUUGAGGAUAUACCCAGGUGCGUUUCUAGGACUUGACAGCAUCUGGGACAUAGACCAAAACAUCAUGACUCUAUAACCACCCUUAGGGAUUUUUGUUUUACAUUUUAAUAAAGAAACAUAAGAACAUAAAACAUUCUCUACAAAAUCAAAAACAGAUGUCAUUGCUUGCAAGAAACCUCAAGGGGGUGGUACAGUUACGGCCCCAAAUGCUUGUGCCAUUAAUCAGGACGUGGUAUUGCUCAGGUAGACUGUUAUAAAAAUGUUUGUAAGAUCGGACUUGCUCAGCAAAACUGGCAUUAAAGUAGUAUAAGGACCUGACAGCACAGUUCAUAUAAAACAAACUUCAGUGCACUUUGUGUACUUGCAUAGAGUUUGUGUCAGGUCAACAUCUACAAGAACAUACAGUAAAAUAACAGCUAGGGUAACUACAGUAGAUAAAUCUAUAUCUAAUACUUCAGUAAUUAAGUGUUUUCGCUAGGGCCAAUGCCCCUGUCAUCCCACCCCUAAACUGGUCUAUUUUGGGUAGAUCCAGCCAAAAUAUUGACGGAAAUGCUUGUAUAAUUUAAGCAUUUAUGCAAUACCUCCCACAGACCAAAACAUUCAGGGCUUGAGCCCUAAAACACUGCCCCUAGUGACUGGAUAUAACUUCACACUGUAUUCAUUCUUUACUUGGUGUCCUUACAUUUUCCAUCUAUCUAUUUAAUUUUUUUAUUUAUUUUUCCUCACAAAAAUACAUUUUAUAUAAUCCAUGUUUUUGUUUAUGUAUUUCCAGCAUAUAUAUUUACCACAUAUUUUGUUUAACAAUGGUUAUUUUAUUAAGUUGUAAAUUGUUUUAUAUUUUAUCAAUAAAACACAUCAAAGUCA